AUGGCGUCUUGUCUUCUUUCUUUAGUCCAAACCCACGCAAGGCCUUACCGUCAUCCUCCGCCGCGUUUGAGCUCCCGCCGCCGACAACAGCUAAGAACAUCCGGCAAUAGUUUCUUCAAUAGAGUGCGGUGCGAGGCUAGCGGUGUUGAUAAACGGCGAUCGGCAGAUUAUGGUCCUCCGGUUUGGAAAUAUGAAUUCUUACAGUCUCUUACUAGUAUAUAUGUGGGCGAUAUAUAUGAAAAGAAGGCAGCAAGCCUAAAGGGAGAGGUAAUAAUGAUUCUAGAGAAGAUGGAGGACUCAUUGCAGCAAUUGGAAGUCAUUGACAUAGUUCAAAGACUUGGAAUCUCUUAUCAUUUGGAAGCCAUGAUAGAAAGCAUGAUGACUGACAUAUACAAUCAUACUGAUUGGAUUGGUGAAACUGACUUGCAUGGAGUGGCCCUUAGGUUUAGACUCUUUAGACAACUAGGUUACAAUGCCUCCCAAGAUGUUUUUAACAAAUUUAAGGAUGAAAAUGGACAUUUCAAGAAAUCUUUGUGUAAUGAUACAAAAGGAUUGUUAUCCAUGUACGAGGCUUCAUUUCAUUCCCUAGAGGGAGAAAGUGCAUUGGAUGAGGCAAUGCAUUUUUCCACAAAACAUCUUAAGGAGAAUCUUAAGACAAUAUCAGAUCCAUAUUUAGCAAAGCUAGUGAGUCAUGCGCUUGAGCUUCCUCUUCAUUGGACCAUGCAUAGAUUUGAAGCGAGGUGGUUCAUAGAUGCGUAUGGAGAACGAAAAGAUUUCAAUAAUACACUUCUCAAUUUUGCUAAGUUAGAUUUCAACAUGGUGCAAGCUAUUCACCAAGAAGAACUAAAGCAUGUUUCUAGUAUAACGAGAUGGUGGGAGGAUUUAGGAUGGAACAAAAAGUUACCCUUUACUAGAGAUAGAUUGGUGGAAAGUUACUUGUGGACAAUGGGUGAGUUAUACAGGCCUGAAAACGAUUGCACUGAGUAUGGAAGAUUAUCUAUGAGAGUGAACCAACUCGUAACUAGCAUUGAUGACGUUUAUGAUGUCUAUGGCACAUUGGAUGAGCUUGAACUUUUUACUGAAGCAAUUAAGAGGUCGGAUUUGAAUUUAUUAGAACAAAUGUCAGAGUACUUGAAGAUAUGUUUUCUCGGCAACUUCAAUUCUGUUAAUUAUUUGGCUUAUAAGACUCUUCAAAAUUGUGGUGUAGACGCGAUUCCAUAUCUCAAGAUAGCGUGGGCAGAUCUGUGUGGGCGUUACUUAAAUGAGGCAAAAUGGUUCCACAGUGGAUAUGUUCCUACACUUGAAGAGUAUUUGAAUAAUGGAUGGAUUACAAUUACAAUCCCCAUGUUGUCAGCACACCGUUAUUUUCUCACUUCAAACAAUCAAACAAGGCCCAUCACAAAGGCUGGUUUGGAUGCUAUUAUAAACUAUCAUGAUCUUAUAAAGUGGCCAUCAAUGGUAGUAAGGCUAGCUAAUGAUUUGCAAACAUCCAAGGCAAUAUAUAAUGAAAUGAACAGAGGUGAUACAAUGAAGUCGAUGCAAGUGUACAUGCGGGAGGGAGGAAUAUCGAUGGAAGAAGCUCGCCAGCAUGUGAAAGAGUUGAUUCGAGAUGCAUGGAAGAAGAUUAAUAGUGCUCGAGUUGCACCUGAUUGUCCCUUUAGCAAGAUAUUUGUGGAAGUUACUAUAAAUCAUGCUAGAGUAGCUCAAUAUAUAUAUCAAUAUGGAGAUGGCAUCGGUCAUGAAAUUGGAGGAGACUACAAGGAUCGUAUGGCAUUACUUCUUUUUGAACCCAUUCCUCUAUCAUUCAAUUAG